UGCGCUCUCCCUGGCGGCCCGGGAGCUGCGCGCGGAGCAGUCUGAUCUCUGACUGCGCCCCGGCUGCCAGUGCCCCUGGAGGCGGCGGGAGAUUCUGGUCAGCGAGCGCUUGCUGGUGCAGAGCGUCCCGCAAAAGCGGGGGAAGUGGGGAGUCCUCCCGCCAGGCCGCCGAGGGCGUCUGGGGCCGCCCCGGGAGCGGACACGGUGCCAGCAGCUGGUAACUUGGGACACAACGUGUCGCCUUGCUGUUGCCCUGAGCUCAGCUGUGGAACAAUGAAGGCUGAAGAAUGGUCUGCAGUUAGAUGUUCAGCUACUUGGUGUGUGGAAAUGAAGAGAGGAGAGUGAAAUUUCUUCUUAUUGAACUGAAGCAGGUAGAACUAAAGUCUUGGAUGUCAAAUUUGAGUCAUGCUGAACAAACAGUGGUUCUUGAUGUGGGUAAUAAGAAGAAAGGAAAGCAUGCCUCAAACUCCUCCCUUUUCAGCAAUGUUUGACAGCAGCGGUUACAACCGAAACCUCUAUCAGUCUGCGGAGGACAGCUGUGGAGGGUUGUAUUACCAUGACAACAACCUCCUCUCCGGAUCUCUGGAAGCACUCAUCCAGCACUUAGUACCUAAUGUGGAUUACUAUCCGGAUAGAACGUACAUAUUUACCUUCCUACUGAGUUCUCGGUUAUUUAUGCAUCCGUAUGAGCUAAUGGCCAAAGUUUGCCACUUAUGUGUUGAGCACCAGAGACUAAGUGAUCCUAGUGGUGAUAAGAAUCAGAUAAGAAAAAUUGCACCCAAAAUUCUUCAACUCCUGACAGAAUGGACAGAAACAUUUCCUUAUGAUUUUCGGGAUGAAAGAAUGAUGAGAAACUUAAAAGAUCUGGCUCACCGAAUAGCCAGUGGUGAGGAGAGCGAAGCUGAAUCCUCUAACUGCCCUCAACCAAGGUGGCUGUCCAACGUGAAGACAUACAGGAAGAAUGUCCAGCAGAUGAUCCAAUGUCUAAUCCGCAAACUUGCCGCGCUCAGCCAGUAUGAGGAAGUCCUGGCAAAAAUCAGCUCCACGUCAACAGAUCGGCUCACACUUCUCAAGACCAAGCCACAGUCCAUACAAAGGGACAUUAUUACUGUCUGCAGUGACCCUUACACGUUGGCCCAGCAGCUGACUCACAUAGAGCUAGAGAGGCUCAAUUAUAUUGGCCCAGAAGAAUUUGUUCAGGCAUUUGUGCAGAAGGACCCUUUGGACAAUGACAAGAGUUGCUACAGUGAACGGAAGAAAACACGAAACUUAGAAGCUUACGUGGAAUGGUUUAAUCGUCUCAGCUACUUGGUUGCUACAGAAAUCUGCAUGCCUGUAAAGAAGAAGCACCGAGCAAGGAUGAUUGAGUAUUUCAUUGACGUAGCUCGGGAGUGUUUUAACAUUGGCAACUUUAAUUCCUUGAUGGCAAUAAUCUCUGGCAUGAAUAUGAGCCCAGUCUCUCGACUGAAAAAAACUUGGGCCAAAGUGAAGACAGCGAAGUUUGACGUUCUUGAGCAUCAGAUGGACCCUUCAAGCAAUUUCUACAAUUAUCGAACAGCUCUUCGUGGGGCGGCACAAAGGUCUUUAACUGCUCAUAGCAGCAGAGAGAAGAUUGUGAUACCAUUCUUCAGUCUUUUAAUCAAAGAUAUUUAUUUCCUCAAUGAGGGGUGUGCCAACCGCCUUCCCAACGGCCAUGUCAACUUUGAGAAAUUUUGGGAACUGGCCAAACAAGUGAGUGAAUUCAUGACAUGGAAGCAAGUGGAGUGUCCAUUUGAGAGGGACCGGAAGAUCUUACAGUACUUGCUCACAGUACCAGUCUUUAGUGAAGAUGCUCUCUACUUGGCUUCCUAUGAGAGUGAAGGACCUGAAAACCAUAUAGAGAAAGACAGAUGGAAGUCCUUAAGGUCCAGCCUCCUGGGCAGAGUUUAACACACGGGAUGCUGGCUGCUGCUAGCCGCUGCUGCGUUCAAGCAGAUCAUCGAGGGGCUGGCCUUUGUUUUCGGGCAUCUAGUGCCACAAAAAAUCAUGAAGUCCCUGCAAGCACGCUCCCUCAAGAGCAGACGGGGACCUUAUUCCCCACAGCUGACAGACUGACUCAAAUUUUGUGAGACUGUAAUGUUCACUGAGGACACUUGAGGAAGAAUCCUCUAAAGAUCCCAGCUCUGCAAUGAUUCAUCUCCUGGAAUUUCCAUGUGAAUCACAGCUCUGCAUCUGGCUGGAGCUUUCUUUUGUGUGUGUGUGUGUGUUUUUUAAUUUGGUUCAACAUUUGCUGCUAAUGGGACUUGCCCAGCUGAGUGCUGGCUCUUAGGAAGCCCAUGUUCCUUUGUUAACUUAAAAGAAAAAGGGAGAAGAGGGAGGGGAAGCAAGCCCUCCAUUUAGAUCCCAAACUGCAGCUCAGUGGUAUUGCCGGGAGGGGUCAGGCUGGCUGGAUGCCAACUGCAGACUUUGUUUCCCUGAGCUCGGGCUGUGUUGUGAAUUCCCCUCCUCCCUCUUCCUACAAGGUUUUGAGUUGGCUGCUGGUUAGCAAACUCCUUUUUGCCCAUAUAAGUUAUUUAAUAUAAUAAUGAAGCUAACACUGUGGUAGGAAAAUAGCCACUAGAAAAAAAAGCAGAGUUUGUCAUUGGACUGUGUAACAUUCUAGAAGGACCUUCUGUUUUCUUUACCCUUCUGAGCUGUUUACAGCUGACCACUGUGUUCUACAGAUGUGUUUCUCAGUAGUGUUUCUGUUACUUAGUUUUCCAUGAUGCCUAUUUUUUUUUCCUCUUGUAAAUUUAAAUUAUCUGACUUUAAGGGUCUUGGGAAAAAACCCAUGGCCUAAUUACAGUUUAAUUUUUUAAACAGACUUAUUUUUCACUACCUUUCAUAGUCUGUUGGCGACUAAACAUGUGAACAGAGAACAGAUUGGAAAAGAUAGCCCCCGCCCACGAGAGCAGUGAACAAAACAAAUGAAAAACAUCUUGCUGUUGACUCAGAGGUCGAACUAAUUGUGAAAUAGUUCACCUUGUUAAACAUCUAAAUAAAUCUGUAGUGGCUCUGCAAAUAGCCAUUAUAUUUAUUUACUGUAGGAGAAACUGUAGUAGUAAACUGUGCUAAUGAAAAAAAAAAA